UCUCUCUUCUGAUCUCAGUUCAGCCCAUCUGUGAUCAAUCCCCCGGCCAGAGAAUUGGCUGCAUCCGAGACCCCAGCGCCGAUCUACUGCUUCCCCGUCACCAUGGAGGCUUCUCUUGCCGUCUGCAUCCUCGCUGCUCUCCUGGCUACGGGGUCCUGUCUGCAGUGUGAGGUUUGCGCUAGAGCAGGAAACAACUGCACGGGCAGCAUGCAGACCUGCGCCGCUGGGCAAGACUCUUGUGCCUUUGAUCUUACCGAAGUCAUACUGGCGGGAAUAAAGUUCCAAAGCAUUCUCAAGGGCUGCGUGACGUCCAGCCAAUGUAGAGCCGGUCCCGGCUCUAUGAAUUUUGGGAAUGAAGUGACAUCAAGGUCGAGCAUCGCCUGCUGCGUGGGAGAUGCCUGCAGAACAGUCAAUGUUACACUGCCCCUGGCCGACACCAAACCCAACGGCCGGCGCUGCCCUGGCUGCUUCGCUCUGACCACUGAACACUGCCUUGAAGAGACCAUAGCGUGCACGGGAGUUGAGACCCAAUGUAUUGAUACCAUUGGGAUUGUAACAAUUGGUGGAAGCCCAACGCAGAUGGUCAUGAAGGGCUGCGUUUCCGAGUCCAUGUGCCUCAACCUAAACGUGGGUUUGUCAGCCUCUGCAGGGAUCAGUUCGAAUCUAACCACAAACAAAUGCACAGUGGCCUCCGGCGCGGUGGGUGUGGCUCCGGGACCAGCCGGGCUCCUCCUCCUGGCCCUCGCUGGGCUCCUCCUGUUGAAGCUUCUCUCCUGA